AUGUCGUCCGAUGAUGAAGCUUUUCUGAUGACCUCCGAAAUCGAAGAUGAUCUUGUUGUUGGAGAAGACUUAGAAGUGGAAGAACAACAUCCUGCAGAUCCAUCACCCUAUGUCAAUAAUCCAGUUGCUCAGCACGAUAUUCAUAACGAAAUGAACCAGAUUCUGAAUACUCCUUGGAACGAGCUCAGUCGAGAUCAGGCAGAAAUCAUUCAUCGCCUGGUGGCAAUUGCUGCUGACCAACAACUAAAUCAAGUAGAGCUGAGGAAUUCCAUUGAAAACUCGCUGAUGGAAUUGGCUACGAUCAGAGGAAGAAACCAACAAGUUCCGCAGCAACAAUAA